AUUCUGUAUAUCUGGAAAGCGCAAAUACUCGUGACCAUGCUCAUUAUAUAUCUUCAGAUGUGCGGAUUGAACAAUGUGCUAUUCUACUUGGAGACUAUUCUGCAAAACGCAAAAGUCACCGUCAUAGAGCCAUCGGUGAUCGUAAUCAUCGUCACCGCUAUUGGGAUCAUCGGUUGCAUGCUUUCCAUGUUUUUAGUCGAUAAAUUCGGCAGACGGAUUCUGAUGAUCGUCUCCAAUUUGGCCGUCACGAUCUCGCUAAUACAUAUUUCUGGGAAUACAAUAUUAGCUUCUCGACGCAGGAUAUGACGCUGCCAAACUUCAGGGUCUACCAAUUUUUUCGGUG